CCCUAUGCAUGUGAUCAGUGUGGUGUUAGAUAUGCUCAUAAACAUGGUCUUGGACAACAUUAUAAGGAAAAGCAUCUUCAACUUAAAGUGUCUUGUCCAAUAUGUAAUGCAUCUUUCACAAGAAAGACUUCUUUAAAACGGCAUAUAUUAGCUCAUUCCAAGACUAAUUUCAUGGAAUGUACAUAUUGUGGAAAGUUAAUAUCUAAAACCAACUUACAACGCCAUAUUAAAGCAAAACAUCUUGGAGUUCGUUUCCCGUUUAGUUGUCCGUUAUGCGGUGUGAAAUAUCAACAUAAACGAAGCUUGAGACUACACAUGAAAUCAACACAUCUCCAAAUUCGUUUCAACUGUCCACUUUGUGGCACCACUUUCACAAGAAAGUCAACGUUGAGUCGCCAUUUGAAGAGUAUACAUUCUGAUAUCCAUAUUGAAAAUUCAGCGACAAAACUUGAGAUAGGAAAGGAAUAG